AUGGACUUCCAAACGCUCCAUGGGGCCUACGUCAGAGCGCUCCUGGAAUACGCCAACCAUGUUGUCUACUCAGGACGCACGAAAGACGUCACCCUGAUUGAGCGUGUCCAGCGAGCCGCUACGAGAAUGGUUGCCGGCCUCAAAUCCGUGGACUAUGAAGCGCGUCUCGCGAUGCUUUAUCUCUUUCCCCUGGAGUACCGUCGCCUCCGAGGGGAGCUAAUUCUUACUUAUGCCCUGUUUGAACGAAGCUUGGCAAACAGCGGGGCCCCCCGAGGAAACUGGUACUCGUCUGCUGGCGUGGUAGGCGCUCUCGCAUGUCCCAUGAUGGAACAGUGCCAGGCUGAGCGCAACCUUCACCUGGCUCGCCGUCAGCAAUGUGCGUGCCUUAUCCAAGAGCUUGGUUCGCGCCUUCAAACUACUCAGGUGGUGAUCAAUGCUGGCAUUUAUUACAUGCAUCAUUUUUACGAGGUGUUUUCCCCGGAAACCAUCAAGCCGAUUUUGGUCGCGAUUGCUGCUUUCUACUGUGCUUGCAAAACCGAGGACUUCUCCCGGAAACUAGCAUUUCUUAUCAAGGCCACUUAUGAGAUAUUGAAGCGCCCUGUACCCAACGAAGCCUCAGACACAUUCAAGCGGCUAGUGCAGAAUAUCCACGCACUUGAGGCCACCAUCCUUAUGGUGAUUGGGUUUCAAACACUGGAGGUUAAACAGCCCCAUGUGUUGCUAAUAAAUGCAAUACGUGCAAACAAAUUCCCCAAGGAAAUCUCUCACACAAGCUAUUACAUUUGUACCAACAUACUUCACCUGACCACAUUAAUACUUCGACAUUCCGCGGAGGCUAUUGCGGCGGCCAGUUUAUACAUCGCCGCCAAAUGGAAUUCCUCGGAUAUCCAGUCACCAAACGGAGAGUGGUACCACAUCUUCUCACCCAACCUGACUUUCGAUGAAAUCUCGAAAAUCACGGAGGAAUUCACACUAGCAUUUCAAGCUUGUGACUUGAAAAUUAAGGAGCAGUUGCGCACAACUCUUCGCUCUCGCAAGUUACAACGCGAGCAAAAAGAGCAGCCUGUGGUAGAUAUGCGCAACCAAGAACUACAGAAGAAGCCACUUGCCGACACUACACAACCGGCGAAGCCAGAUUCUUGGAAGAUGCUAGCUUCUUUUUUUUCAUUCCAACGUCUGUUCAACUUCUCAACCGUUCAGGCAGAAAAACGCCCGUACAACCAACCUGCUGGCCAGAACUUACCCCAAUCUGCUCCUCACCAUCAAACCAGUAUGCAACAUCAUCAGUCAAGGUCUCAUCAAUCCUUAGCUUCUCAAAGUGGGUGUGGACCAGGUGGAGGUCAGAACUACCCGUAUCAUGCACACCAUCGCCCACCUCCAUCCUCGCAUCAACCACAGCCUCACGGAGGACAUGUUGGUGGUGCUGGGGACCAUUUCAACCGUUCCCAUCUCAAUCGGCCGCAGUCAUCAAAUGUAAUGAUGGAGCCGGAUUCCAAACGGGCACGUUUUGAUCGCUCAUACUCCACCUCAGGACGUCACUCUCCGGUCGCUGCACAUCAUGCGGAGGGAUCGAAUCGAACCCAUCGCUACGAUGGUGCACCAUCCCACUUUCCUGCAAGUGAUUCAAUGGCGCGUCAUGGAGCUCCAUCGAGUUCCAUCCCACCUGGCCGGCCACACGACUACCGCGUGCCACAAGCACCCGGCUACUCUGCCAUUCCGAAUAAACCAUCUGGUCGCGAUGAGCCGCGUAGCGCUCCCCGUCCGUCUGCAGGCCCCGGUCGUGUGGCCAACAAGCCAGGUGCCCAUCCGCAAAAUGCUAGUCGUCCAAUGAAUGUGAAGCAUGACUUCAAUGAUUAUUUCUAGUUGUUUUUUCUUCUCCGUCUUUCUCGCCUCUUUACUAGUUCUGUAUCGUUUCCAUGUGUCCCCUUCUAUGCUCUGGCCUUGUCCAUCACCCAGUUACCUCAUUGGUUGGACUCCCAAGUGUUGUUUCGUUUUUGAUGUGAUUGUGUACAUACAUCUUCGGAAACAAACAAAUCACAUGUGCUAACAGUUAACCCCAACCUGUCAGUGGGUUGGUAACUAUACUAUAUUGUCC